CAGUCAGUGCUAACCCGUUAUACUUACUUGCGUAUUUUUACAUGCAAUUAAUGUUCCCACCCUCCCACCGCAAAAAUGAAUACGCAAAUAAAUAUAACAACCCACCACCGAAAGUACAAAACUUGACACGUGUUUCGCCUCUCUAGGAGGCAUCCUCAGGAGAUGCGGGAGAUGUUGACGGUCUGACGUCCGACAACUAAAUCAUUCAGGGAACUUUAAUUGCAUGUAAAAAUACGCAAGUAAGUAUAACGGGUUGGCACUGAUUGACAAGCAAGUUAUCUUUUCGCAGAUAAGCACAUUCAUAUUUUUUGUUUUAAUUAGUAUGCAUUUCCGCAAAGUAACGCCUGAUUCUAUUAAUUAAAUACUCGUACACACAUAUCAUAUCACACUUUCCAUAGGUAACUGCAUUGUGUUAAAUGUUUGCGUUCACUAUAUACUUAAACAAAUUAAAAAUUAUCUAAUCAGUAACCGUUUGUUUAUCAGAUAUCAUCAUCUUCCUCGCGUUCUUCGGGAUCCGCUUGGAAACUAAUCCCAAGAAUUGGCAUAGGCACUAGUUUUUACGAAAGCGACUGCCAUCUGACCUUCCAACCCAGAGGGUAACUAGACUGCAGGCGAUUAUGGUGCAAGUAAAAGAUCUUGAUGCAUACUUAAUAGGGAUUUAAUAUCCGGAACUGAUACACAUACGUAGCUGUUUUAGAAGAAAAGAAAAUUAAUAAAGAAAUGAGAAUAUACAUUAUAUAUAUCUGACUGAUUGCUAAGAAAUUCCAAGGUGUCACAUAUAUGUUACCGACCCUUUCACUUUAAACUUUAGCACUCUUAGCAGUCUAUUAGGUACUUUUAUAUAUUCACCCUAAGUAAUGGAAUUACUUGCUUCCCUGGGGGUCUUAAUACACUUAAUUAGUCUAAAUUUAGGGUUCACGCGAAAACAACUAAAUACUCUCUCGAAUUUAAAUUGUCGGGAGACAUACUAACAUUUAACUAAUUUUUUUUUUAUACUAGGUCGGUGGCAAACAAGCAUACGGCCUGCCUGAUGGUAAGUAGUAUCCGUAGCCUAUGUACGCCUGCAACUCCAGAGGAGUUACAUGCGCGUUGCCGACCCUAACCCCCUCCCACCCGCGUUGAGCUCGAAUUAUACGGAGUACGCGAAUGACGGCCGUCGUGAGCUGCUCGCCCUGUUAGUGCUUUAGUGCUUGAGAAAGGAGACCUAGGCCACAAAGUAAAUAGCGGCCUAUAACCUAUCGUACGUACAGUCACGUCUGAAAAUAUCGAUACGGACAAAGUGCCAAAAAUAUACACACUGCCUUAAUAUAUGGGAACUAAGGUUGUGUAUACAUAUUUUUGGCACUUUGUCCGUAUCGAUAUAUUCAGUAGUGACUGUAAGUAAUCUAUAUUCAUGUACAAAAUACUAAAAGUUUCGUUCUUUGAAAUAAACAUUACUAAAAUGUAUAAAUUUACGUUCUUUUAUGGAUGUAAUCGCACACGAUCAUCCGCGGAUGCGAGCAUUUUAUUAUCCGCAUCCGAGGAUAUCAAUAAAUCUGCAUCCCUGGUACGGAACUAGGGUUGCCAGAUCGAAAGGCGCUAUUAUCGGGAAAAGAUAUCAAUUUUUCGGGAUUUUGGGACUGAAGUCGGGAAAAAAAAAACGUUCAAAUUAUAGUAAUUGUAUUAAUAACAACGAUAUUUUACAUUAUUGGCACUACGUCAGCUGCUCUGCCCAUAGACGUUUUUAUAUAAAAAUAGUAUAAAUUCUUUGAGAUCUUGAACAAAUAAAAAAAAAUGUCUUCUCAUUAUCUACCUAUACUAUCAUACUUAUACUUAUUAGGUAUCAAUAAUCAACCAAAUUUAUGGAAAUAAUUUAUUUCUUAGCUUGCCACAUGUAUUUUAUAUUACUUUUGACCGAUUUUACCAUUUCUUGGCCUUUUUCGCAAUUUAAGCUAAACUUGAAAGUCAUGCAGUUUUCGUCAAAGUUGAGUCGAAUCAUUAAUUCGGCUUUAAUUAGAUCCAUUCCCAUUCUAUUUCUUUCUUUUGUGUAGAGGUAAGGCAAACGCGCUCCCGCCCCGCACCGCACCACUCACCGCACAAUCUCACGCCAGCUCGCCACGCGCGCCCCGCGCGCGUGCAGUCAGACGCCCUUGACGCGGGUCGCUCGCUCGUUCGCUCGGCGACAGUUCGGAACUUGAAAUUAUUGUUUUAUUAUAACGUGAAGCUGUUUUUCGGGACAGUCUUCACUUCGUCGGGAAUAGGGAACACAUGCUAAAAAUCGUGAGAAUCCCGCCAAAUCCCGACCAUCUGGCAACCCUAUACGGAACUGUCACGUACGAGUCCGACUCACGCUUGACCGGUUUUUAAUUUAAUGCCCUAACCAAUCUAAUGUUAUCACGCUAAAUAAACUCAUUCAGUACGAAAACACAAGUUGAGAAACACAUGUUGUACUGACACUUAAAAUGUUUUUUUUUUGUGAGUGUUAAAGAGAACAAUUAGGUAAAUUUGGCCUGAAUCUGGUGACACAGUACCCGGCCAGUGCAGUCUGGAGGCACUGGAUUUCCAUUCACAUGGAUUCAAGAGUCAUCAUGUACCGCUUCCUGUGGCUUCUCUUCUAUAUGGUUCACGCCAAAAAUACCAAUACUACUCGUGUAUUUAAAUAUGUGAAUAAUGACCAAAUAGUUGAAGAUUGCGAAAAUUGUUUAUCAAAAUGUUGUCCUGGUGCGCAAAUUAGUUUGAUAUUUAACAACACAAUCAAUUGUGUUGACAAUGUGUUCAAUGUGACUAAAUUGGAAGAUUAUGAAGUAAGCAUUUUCAACAAAGAUGUAAAGAAGAAGAUUAUUAAGACAGGGAAGACGUUGAAGAGCUUCAAGUUCGUGUAUAGCGACGUUUUUGAAAAGCUGAAAGACAGAACGAGUUCAAAAAGUAUGGAGUUCUACAUUUUGGAGGAUGGCAGUAAAGCCGUUCGGAAGCUGAACUACCUGGACCAAUGGCCUUAUCCUCCAUGGAACUAUACGACACAUUGCGUGGAAGUCCAAGCUAUAAGCAGGAAUGGCAUUGACGUUAAAUCUACCAGACUGAUACAUCGCGUCAUUUUUAAGAAAAUGAAAAUGGACAACCACAUUAAAGAUGUUAUCAUUGCAUCUGCUAUGCUGAUAUCCUGCUUGUUCCUCCUGCUGACUCUGGUGGCCUACGGUGUGCUACCGCAGAAAAGAAACCUCCCAGCCCUCAUGCUGAUGGCACUGGUAUCAUGCCUGAUGACCACGUUUUUCUUCAGGGCCGUCCAGGUGUUCACUGAACAUGUAUCCAUCAAGAAGAAUGUGUGCACUUUUGUGGGUCUAAUGCUCUAUUAUUCAUUGUGGGCCAGUUUUACGUGGAUGAACGUUAUGUCCUACGACGUGUGGAUAACUACAUGCAACAUAUACAGUCAACGCUGGCAACCCCACAGCAAGAUCCUCUCCAAAUUCUGCUGGUACAGCACAUACGGGUUCGGGGUACCCUUAUUAAUGGCUGCCUUCGUGAUCGGUAUAGACUACGCCGACCUGUCGGCGGUACCAGCCUUCGCGAAACCACACUUCGUGAACAGCCCUUACUGCUACUUUGAAACGCAGAACGAGCGUCGCCUGUACGUGAACGGGCCCAUGCUGGUCACAACCAUCAUCAACAUUUGCUUCUUCGUGAUGACGGCGCGUUACAUUUGUCGGAACAGGGCCAAGCCUGGCGGUAGCGGCGACAGCAGAAAUACUAAGAAAGAUCAGAACAGAUUUAUCAUCUACUUAAAGCUGACAAUAAUCACCGGCAUCACCUGGCUUCUGGAUGUGAUGGGGGCCUUUAUAGAUCCCGAGCACUGGGGGUGGCUAGUGGUCGACAUCUUCAACUCCCUGUCUGGAUUCUACAUUUUCUACUCAUUCAUUUGCAAGAAGGAAAUGAUCAUGCAACUUUGCAAGAGAUUCAAGAUAGAAACGAGUUUUGCACGUCAAUGGGAGUCCACGGUGGUCACUAGCGUGUCCGUGACGAAGAGACAGCUGUCAGAGAAAGAAACGACGCCGACCGAGCAGAAACUGGAGUUUUUUUCUGAUAAACCGGGGGUCAACUAAACUAGAACCAUCUACUUUUACCAUUGACAUAUCUAAGGAUAUUGACUGCCAUCUUUCGACACGGCUAAAACUCUUAGAAUGACAUAGGCUAUUAGACCCAUGUUCUUACACGGAUAUGUGUUAAAUAUCAAACGGUGUCGCCAUCUACUAUCCUCUGUAUCUUUAGGUAUUUAAAUAAAAGUAAACAAAAUCUACCCUCAUAUGGCUCCAUAAAAUAGUUGAGGGUAGACGAAAACAUUACAUGAUCAAAUAAUGUAGGAUAGAGUCAGGUCGUUCAGUGACAGCUCCAGGCGGUUUUGUAUUUGGUUGGCUAACCAAUAAAUGUUAUAACUACCCGAAAAUGUAUAAAUUGUUUGUUUACUUUUAUUUAAAUACCUAAAUAUAGACUUAUAGAAUAUAUGCCAAAGGUAUAUUGCCAUCUAUUCGCGCAUUUUUUAUUUUAUUAUUCGAGGCACGUUUUAUUCUUAGACUUAAUUUAUUUUAUACGGAGUUACAGAGGCGGCGUUAGGCGUGGGCGACGUGGGCCUCCGCCUACGGCCUCGCGGUCCGAGGGGCCUCGCGCCUCUAAUGAGUAUAAUAUCUCGGACACAACAUUAAAAUGUUCGUUAUUUCCUGCGCCACCAGAGGGCCUCGCUAAAUGUAACUUGCCCACAUAAAAUGUUGGUCUUGCCCCGCCACUGCGGAGUUACAUAUUAUAUAUUUGACUAUAGCUCGUGUCAUCCACGAUGACGCGAAGAUUUGUCAAAACUUUGAUAAAAUGACAAUACGUGUCAAGGCAGCAGUAGCAGUAUGGUUCCAUUUUUAUCACCUGUCACUAUGCCUGUCACUUUCGCGCUUACAUACUUGUCAGAAAGUGACAGGCAUGGUGACAAAUGAUAAAGAGCCGACCAUAUUAGCCCUACUGGUGUCGUCGUGAAUGACACGAUAUAUAGUUAAAUGACCUGUUAGAUAUUAUUUGAAAAUAUCUGAACAUAUUUAACCCCUUGAUAAUAGAGUUCCUGUUCAGAUAUUUUUGAACACCUUGACUUGAUUGUAGUUGGUGUGAAGAAGCUUAGUCUUUAUAAGAGUGAGAUUAUUAAGUUCCUGGUAUAAUUUUUAUAGAAGUUUUUGUUCCUAAGUGUUAAAGUGUUUUCCAUGUGUUUAAGUAUUUUUAUUAUAAAUAUUGUUGUCUAAGUACAGUCAACCAAUUAGAUUCCUAGGCCACUAUAGAACCAUGCCAUAAUGACUUCUACGACAGUGCUUAUUCAGUGAUGCGUGUCAAUUAUCUAGUAGUUAACUAAAUAAUAAAUAAAUAAAUAAAAUAUCUUUAUUUCGAAGAUCAGGCUUCAUAGUUGUUAGUAUUAUGUGAAAACAAAACAAACAAACUUAAAACUAAAGGUUAGUGUUAUCGGCACAUUUCACAUUGCUUAAUUAAUCCCUCAAUAUGGGCUAGUUGCUACCCCUUUAAUUUGCCCAAUCCAAUGAGCGAGGAUUGGGCUUUCAUAUUUGUUAGCAAUAGCUAGUUAGUUAAAACGACAAGGUUCUAUAGUGGCCUAGGAUUCUAAUUGGUUGACUGUACCUUCAACACAAGUCUUAUUGAGCUUACUGUGGGACUUAAUCAAUUUGUGUAUUUUUUUUAUUCCUACCACUUAAGGGCGUCCGCUGGCUGGUGCGGAUGACGAAGCGGGCGCCACGUUUGAUGUCCUUGUUAAAUGGCAUGCUUCUCUGAGAUCAUCUGUUAGAGAAAUGCAAAAGAAUUAAUUUGAAAAUCUAAGUGUAAACAGUCGUACGAGAACUACAUUCAAA